AUGAUGCUCAAGACUCUUCUCGGAUCAUCCUUGGUCGCCCUCGCCGCCACGCUCUCAACCGUCUCCGCCGGCGUCCCCGGCCAAACCGGCGCCCUGAUCUCCGGCAACGAAUACUGUAUCUUCCUCCCCCCCAAGUACGGCGGCGACAUUGCCGCGAGCGAGGACGUCGCCAUCGCAUUCUGCAACAAGGCCAUCGCCACCGCCCCUAAGGCCAAGACCCUCCCCACGGGCUUUAUCAAGUCGGUCCAUUUGGUCCGCAACACCCAGAAGGGUUGGGUUCAGAUUACUGGACGGAUCGAUCGGACCAAGUAUGGGCUGUCCAAGAAAGAUGGUGGUGGACAGUACGAUAUCAAGGCCCCCCAAGGCGCUUCCUAUGCCGAUUACAAGUACUUUGUCCAAUUGAUCGAGCCCGAUUCGAACAUCUACUGCCUCCGUGUCUGCAAGGAAAAGGCUGAUUGUCCUACCAACAAGUCAACACGUGGAUGCACGGGUGUCCUUGGAGCUGGCGAUUACUCGUAA